AUGGCUAAUACAAUUCCACACUUGAUGUUUCCGACCGUUAACAAAUGUGCGUCGAUUGGCCGAGAAAAACAAACGGUUGUUGCGGACAUGGAUGGGACUUUACUUAGGGGGCGUAGUUCGUUUCCAUAUUUUGCUUUAGUAGCUUAUGAAGCUGGAGGGAUUCUCCGACUACUUGUUCUGUUGUUGCUUGCUCCCUUUGCUGGGUUUCUUUACUACCUUGUUUCAGAAUCCGCCGGAAUACAUGUUCUUAUAUUUGCAACGUUUACAGGAAUGAAAGUUUGUGACAUCGAGGCGGUGGCACGUGCAGUUCUGCCAAAAUUCUACUCCAAUGAUCUUCAUCCAGAGACAUGGAAGGUAUUUUCUUCGUGUGGAAAACGAUGUGUUCUUACGGCGAAUCCUAGAAUUAUGGUUGAAGCUUUUCUGAAGGAUUAUUUAGGUGCUGAUAUGGUACUAGGAACUGGGAUAAAUACUUACAAAGGUAGAGCUACUGGAUUUGUAUGUAGUCCUGGAAUUCUUGUGGGGCAGAAGAAGGCUGACACUCUUAUAGGAGCUUUUGGAGAAACCAUGCCGGAUAUUGGCCUUGGUGAUCGACACACCGACUUCCCAUUCAUGAGACUCUGCAAGGAAAGCUAUGUAGUUCCAGCCAAACCAGAAGUUGAGGCAGUAAGUCGCGAUAAAUUGCCAAAGCCCAUCGUAUUCCACGACGGACGACUAGUCCAGAAACUCACUCCUCUUAUGUCAUUACUCAUAAUCCUUUGGAUUCCGGUAGGCUUAGUUCUUGCUAUCCUUCCAAUCGCAGCGGGGGCACUCCUACCUAUGCACCUCGUUUAUUAUGCUUUCUGGGCACUGGGUGUUCGAGUUUACAUUAAGGGAACUCCACCUCCACCUGCUAAGAAAUCGUCAGGCCAAACUGGUGUCCUUUUCAUCUGCUCUCAUCGUACUCUCCUCGACCCAAUUUUCCUAUCAACUGCACUUGGUCGUCCAAUUUGUGCCGUUACAUAUUCUGUAUCUCGGCUCUCUGAGAUCAUCUCACCAAUAAAAACUGUUAGACUCACCAGAGACAGAGUCAACGACGCUUGCAUGAUAAAGAAAUUGUUAGAAGAAGGGGAUCUGGUUAUAUUCCCUGAAGGAACUACAUGUAGAGAACCAUUUUUGUUGAGAUUUUCGGCGUUGUUCGCUGAACUUACGGACCAGAUAGUACCAGUGGCAAUGGCAAACAGGAUGAGUAUGUUUCAUGGAACAACUGCAAGAGGAUGGAAGGGUAUGGAUCCAUUUUACUUUUUUAUGAAUCCAAGUCCGGCUUAUGAGGUAACAUUCUUGAAUAAAUUGCCCGAAGAGCUUUCGUGCAGUGCCGGAAAAUCAAGUCAUGAGGUGGCUAAUUAUAUACAGAGGGUAAUUGCUGCAAGUUUGUCUUAUGAGUGUACUAGUUUCACUAGGAAAGACAAGUAUAGAGCUCUUGCAGGUAACGAUGGAAUUGUGGCUGAGAAACCAAAGCUUGCACCCAACAAAGUCAUGGGCUGCUAA